AUGCACAUCCACCAGACCAUUCCUGUGACUAUUGUGGAUCCCGUGACAUCCGCUCCUUCACCUGCCGUGAAACAUAUUGAGGACCGCACGUUGUGCGCGUACCGUAACAUGGGGUUUGCACUCACGCACUUUCACCCCGCUUUGGUAGGUGUGGAUUGUCAUCCACUUGUCAUUGAAAACAUGAAUCAACUGCGUCUGUAUCACCGGAUAGAUUAUACCUAUCAUUUAUUGCUGCGUCAAACGUAUAAUGUGAAGACCUUUCAGACUGCACUCGGCAUCAUGGCGGAUCCACUGGAACCGUUUACAAGUGUAGAUCAGCUAGUGGACUCUCGACAUUUUGCCUAUCGUCAUACCGGGGCGGAUCAAGAUAUUAUCAAGAGCUUUUGUCGUCAGUUAGAAUCUCCCUUUGCUCCUGCGACGCAGCUUCGGCUUGAUGCAUUGGCAGUAGGUCCUCAUGCUUCAGCUUUUAUUACCUCUUGUGACAUCUUGACAGAGGAGUUUCUGUUGAACUUUGUCCGGACGGCCCACUAUACGCAUUUUCUCUACCAGCACACUACGAACCCGCGUUAUCUACAGGCUUGGGAAGCAGUCUAUGGGUCUCCCAAAGCCUUCUCGGGAAAACCAGUGCUCCUGUAUGUAGGUGUUGGCCCGCAAGAGUUUCCUGAGGACCAGAUGAAGGAGGGUACACAGCGUUCACUGCAGUCCCUUGUGGCACGUGCGACGAAACGUAUAGAGGCACCGCCAGCUGCUCCUUCACCUACGUUGAUACCAACCUCUGCGAGGCAAAUUGCACAAAAGUAUGGUGUUCGCUUGCUGCAGCGGUGGCAAAUGCGCUACUUUGUGGUGCGGCAUUGA